CAGAGCUAUUUCUUUUCCUGUUCUCUCACUCUUCAGACGGAUGUCGCCACUGCCCCUCCAGUCCCAACGCCCUCACUCUUGGACGCACACUCCCAACAAGAAAGUCUUCAGGGUCAACGGCAAUCCCUCAACUUGGGAACCUCUAAUAUGGCACAGUUAGGAUUCCCCAUCCUCCCCGUUCUCCUGGGUUUGGCCUGGCCUCAGUUGGGAGCUGCCCAAGUUGCAAACGAUUGUGGCCAUUGCUUUCGGAUCGAUCCCGGCACCAUUGCGGGAAUCGUGCUGGGAGAUUUGUUCCUGACUUUGCUCAUUGCUCUGGGAGUCUACUACGUGGUCAGCUGCAUCUAUAAACAGAAAGCAACCAGCAAGGAGAAGGGACAGCAUGAACCUACCUAUGAGGAACUUCAAGGGCAGCGGAUGGAUAUAUACAGUGACUUGAAAAAUCCAGGUUCCCGAAUUUCUUACAGAUAAUCUUCCUCCGCUUCCUUGACCUUCUAACAUUGAAUAAGAAAUUCUGAGAUUGAAGUCACUUUCAGAAGAUCCGCUCCACUCUUGUGUGCAAGCUUUCUACUGUGAAGUUCUACCUGAGGGCUUUCCCUCUAUCACAUCUUGCAACUUCAAUCAACAUGUUAGUCUAUUUUCAAAACUGCCCGUGUCUCCCACUACCCAUCCUUGCUACUCUUUUAAUAAGUGUGUCACCUAGGAUCACUUGGGCAAUGGAUGAGGCUUAUGCAUUGAACCAAUAAAUAAAUAAAAUUAGACAUAUUUAA